AUGUACGAGUGGGGAAGCAGCAUCGGGACCCGCAACGUCAAUCUGUCCGGGGGCCAGCGUAAUAGCACCGCACUAGGGCGCAGCGCGUUCCUGCGGCAGACCCGUGAGAGAAGGGAGCAGCGGGAGAGGCAACGACGCCAGCAACAAGCGCAGCACCGAAUAUCUGGUGCGUGGAGGGCUUUCAGAGAGAGACAGAAAUGCAAGCAGCUCUGUAGGGAUGAAUUCGACAGGCAGCGUCAACAGCUUCAGCUGCAGCUGCAGGAACAGCAGCUGCAGCAGCACCUGAUUGCGCAGGUGGACGACUUAGAACAUCAACGGCAGCAGCUGCAGCAGCAGCAGGUGCACAAGCAACAAGCCAGGCGAAUUGCUUUCAGCUUCGAUCCCUUCUGUGGGGCAGGCGCAGCGGACGCCGAACGACUCCUUGCUGCCGCUUUUGCCAUGCCUGCGCCUUCCAUCGCCGCAGCAACAGUCCCUGAAAAUAAAGCAGGAGCAGGAGAACCAGUGCCUAGCUGCGCCUUGCACGUUGCUCUGCUGCGAGCCUUGUCAGUACACUACAGGAAUCUCUUGUUGCUGCAGCACAGUUCGGAGCUGAAGUGCGAGCAUCAGCAGCAGCAGCAGAGGCGAUGUCCCCCCCACCUGCUGUUUGAGGGGGACUUACGCUAUCGUUGCGGCUGGCGCUGCAGUGCUCUGUCCCCUUCUGGCAGGGCUUGUUUUGGCCUACCUGCAGCGGUACCGGAGCCGGCACUGGGGGCAGCAGGUGCUACACUUGCCAGUUUCGGUGCUGCUGCUGCUAAGGCAUGCAGACACACUGCUGUAGUGGGGAGGCUGCCGUUGAUGCUGCUGCCUCUGGAGUGUGAUUCGUCGACGAGACAGCAGGCCAAAGCGUGUGCUGCAGCAACGUCGCGCUUACUAGUGCAGCUAUUGCGCUUUGAUAUGCACCGGCAGCAGCAGCUGCAGCAGCCGCAACCGCAACAGCAGAAGAGCCUAUUUCACAGCGCUGUCUGGCGCCUGUUAGGAUUGGGGUGCUGCAUUGCAGCUCAGAUAGGAUAUUUUGUCUCCUCUGUCGUCACAGAGCCAGCAGCAGCAGCAGCAAUAGCAGCAAAUGGACACAGUGCAGCUCAGAUGGAUACUGCCGCUGAUGCGGAAGAUGCUCUGAUUUUGCUGGAACACUUUUUAAGGGACCAAGCCUUUAACUCAGGCAUGGCUACUGCAAUUCCAUGCUGCUGGUUUCCUCACCAUUUUCGUGUACCAAACAUUUGCCACCAAGACGCCACGAUCUCUUCCACUGCUGCUGCUACUGCUGCUGCCGCCUCCCCUGGCACUCUUGUGUUCCCGCCGUUGAGCCGUGUUUGCAAUUUGCGCGGGGUGCAGAAAUACUGCAUGGCUCAGACGGAACUCCUGCUGCACUUAUUUGGUUCCCCACUGCUGCUGCCUUCAUUUGCAGCGAAAGAUCAGCAGCUGCAGCAGCACUCCAUUCUGCAAGAUAGGGCCGUUGCGCGUUUGGAGGCGAUUCUUUUUGGCACUGCAGCCACACCAGCUGCUGCAGAUGCACCUGACGCAGCAGAAGCUGCUUCUACAGCUGCAGCUGCCCCCAGAACAACAACUUCAUUGGCAGUUUUCCCGGAACUCCGAAGCGCUGGUGCUAUUGUUGCAGCAGCAAGUGCAGCUGCUGCGCUUAGGCGGCGUCUGGGAUCUCCAGGGCUACUGCAGAAUGCGCUGCAGCAACGGCAGCAUUUCACGGGACUGCAGCAAGAAAACCAACUGAAAUUGGCGUCGAGGCAAGAGUUGUUGCGGCUCUUCGCUGCAGAGUGCGAGAGGCUCGAUGGCUUAUACGAAGGCCUGCGGCGCCCUUACCCAUUGCGUCGGCGAGCAACAGCACCAGAUUCAGCAACAGCUCCGACAGAGGGAGACCGCAAUAUGGGUCUGGGUGUAUGCCUGGCUGGCAAUAUGUUAUCUCUGUUUCAUUUGCACCGUCAACGGCUUGUCGCUUCAGGGACUGCAGCAGCAGCUCAACAAGCAGCCUCAGAAGCAGCAGAAGCAAUAACAGCUCCAGUGUCUGCAGCGCUUACAUGCCCAGUGUGGCUACUGGCCUCUCUGCGUCUCUGUGGCUGGAGCUGCCCAUUCGACUUGCUUCGUGCAAGUCUUCUGAGCCCUGAAGAGCAGCGGGGACAGCACCAGCAGCAGCAGCAAAAGGACCGCCAGACAGUGUUGCCAUUUUCCGUGUCUGUAGAUGAGGCGCUAAGGCGCCAGCUCGUUGUACUCACUGAGGGCUGGGCUGUUGACGCCUUUUUCACGGCUGCACAAGCUGCACCUCCAAGGGGCCUAUCGGACUUGCUGCAGCUUUAUCUCCCACCGGAGUCGGAGAGGGCAGCAGCAGCAUCAUCGGCGGCGGCAGCUGCGGCAGCAUCACCAGCAACGGGCGACGCAACUGCAGCAGAAGAUGAAACUGAAUCUGAGUCGGACUCUGAAACUGAGGAUGAUGGAGGUAGCGGUGAAGACUUCCGUAAUCUUUGGGACCACAAGUACACAGACGAUGAACGGCUUAUUUUGAACGCCCUGUCCGUCAGCACUCCUCUGCCUCUACGUCUUCUUAAUGCCAUCAGGACCUGUUUGGACAAGAAGUGUGGGGGUAGUGCCGACACUUUCUUUGGGCUCAUGGGGCAUCCCCCUGAGUUCACGAGCGAGUGGGGAGAGGCUGUGAGGUCUCUUUGCACUGUUCUCAGAUAUAAAUUACAGAUGACUGACGAUUCCGAGCUGCUGGAGGAGACAGAGGAGGAACAACUUAACGCGGGGAAUAGCACCAGCAGCACGAGCGCAUGCAAGUACGACGGCAGCAUCAAUAGCGGCUUUUCUUUGAAGCGCAGCGACCUGCGGUGGCUUUUGCUGACGCUCAACCGCGUCGCAUGGUUGUUACUGCGUUCAACAUGCGCGUCGUCGUGCCCUCAGCAGCGACAGCAGCAGCAGCAGCAGGAGCAACAGGAGCUGUCGCUACUCUUGCCUGAACCCCCGUACAACAACAGCAGCAGCAGUAGCAACGGGAGGCGAUGGCGAAGAGGACGUGAGCGCCUGUGGCAGCUGGUGCCUGGGGUUCUACGUGAACUAUUGGAUCUGAACAGUCGUGUGUCUCUUGUUGAAGACGAAGAGCUGGUGCUACCUGACGGACCUGCCUCCUUAAUCUUUUCUGCAGCAGGUGGUCAGCGCCUCCCAGCUCUCUGGGAAUGUCUUGUCUGGUGCAUGCGCGGCGGCGACGCCGCUGCGGCAUCCACUGCGGAUGCUGCCACUGUCGGCGGCAGCAGCAGCAUUGCAACGGCACCAAGCGCUGCGUCACGCGGACCCUCCAGGGUGCCACCCCCCGGGUUGCGCCUAUCAAAUUUGCCUACGAGGUUGCUGGCCUCUUCUCUAGUGUAUGUGCCGCAUACAAUCGCUUUUUCCGACAGGCUCGCGGUGUUUUACCAGCUUCUGGCGUUCGAGCGUGGCGAUUCAUCUUCUUCUUUCUUUUAUCGUCGAUGCUUCCAGAUAAGGAGGACCCAUAUCGACGUCAUGCGGGGGUUUCAGGUCGAGUUCAUCACCGCCGAAGGAACUCCGGAGGCCGGAAUCGACGGAGGCGGCCUGCUUAAGGAGCUCAUAGUGGAGCUUUCUCGGCGAGCAUUCGACCCUGCCUACGGCCUUUUCCACGGCUGCCCCGAUAAUUCUCUCUUUCCAAAUCCCUCCGUCGAGCUUCUUCACCCGAACUUCGCCAACUUGUUUCUCGCAAUAGGAAGGCUUGUUGGCAAGGCUGUGUUUGAGGGAGUGCUUAUUGAGCCUCAACUGAACCGCGUCUUCCUUAAGUUGUUACUGCGCCGGCCCUGCCGCCUUGACGAUAUCAAGAGCCUAGACCCUUCUGUACACCGCAGCCUCAUGCUGCUGAAGAAGUACCCGGGAGAUGCUGCAGAGCUGUCCCUGACAUUUUCUGUCAUGCGCUCGGAGUUCGGUAGCCAGGAGGAGGUGGAUCUCAUUCCAAAUGGUUGCAAUAUCCCCGUCACCAACGCUUCCAAGCUGCGAUACGUGCAGCUUAUGUCGGACUACAAGUGUGUCAAACAAAUACAGCAGCAAACGCAAGCAUUUCUUCGUGGUCUCAGCGACGUCGUACCACUGCAGUGGCUUCAGAUGUUUUCUGCCGAAGAGCUGCAGCAUCUUGUUAGCGGCACCAGCGAGGGCUUUGAUGUGGAAGACUUGCGUUCCCACGCCUCCUACAGCGGCGGCUUUUCCGAGACUAGUCCUCAAGUUCUGUGGCUUUGGGAGCUCCUUAGUGGAAUGGCAGACAGUGAACGCAGCAGUUUCUUGAUGUUCGUGACAUCUUGCUCCCGCGCACCUCUACGAGGAUUCGGCUCCCUAUCUCCCCCUUUCACCAUUCACAGGGUACCAGACACGUCCCGCUUGCCCACAAGCAGCACUUGCGUAAAUCUAUUUAAGCUUCCUGCCUAUGCGACGCGAAAAGAUCUGUGGGACAAAGUCCGAGGAGCCAUUGGGGGAACCCGCGGCUUCGGUCUUAGCUAA